AUGACAUCUAACGGGACUAACGGAGCGAACGGCUCGAAGUACGAGCUUCCCUUCAAGCUCAACGACCCGGACCUCCUCCACCAACAAUCCUACGUCAACGGCGAGUGGGUGGAAUCAAAAUCCGGCGCCCGUUUCGACGUCAUAGAUCCCGGCACCGGCACUCCCUUCGCAACCUGUCCCACCAACACCGCCGAAGACGUCGACCCGGCCGUCCAAUCCGCCCACACCGCCUUCCAGCGCUACCGCACACUCAACCCGCGCCACCGCGCAAAGCUGCUGCUCAAAUGGAACGACCUGAUCACAGCCGCAAAGGAAGAUCUCGCGACAAUCGUGACCUACGAGACAGGGAAGCCGCUCGCCGAAGCGCGCGGCGAGCUGGACUACGCGCUGGGCUUUACAUGGUGGUUCGCUGGCGAGGCGGAGCGGAUCCAGGGGACGGUGUCGGUGCCGAGCGCGCCGAAUAGGCGGACGUUUACGGUCAAGCAGCCUGUCGGCGUGGCGGUGGCGCUUGUGCCAUGGAAUUUUCCGAUUGCCAUGAUUCUGAGGAAGGCCGGCGCGGCGCUCGCGGCGGGCUGCACGAUGAUCAUCAAGCCCUCUCCCGAGACGCCGCUGAGCGUACUCGCGUUGGUAGAGCUAGCACAGCGCGCCGGGUUUGAGAAGGGCGUUCUUAACGUGCUCACAACCGACUUGGAAAACACGCCUGAGCUGAGCGAGAGGCUGUGCAAGCACCCGCUCGUCAAGAAGGUGACCUUCACCGGCAGCACCGCCGUUGGCAAGCUCAUCGCGAAACACUGCAGCGAGGGGCUCAAGAAGGUGACGCUGGAGCUGGGCGGGAACUGUCCAUUCUUGAUCUUCGACGAUGCGAAUUUGCAGCAGGCGCUUGAUGCGCUCAUGUUGCUGAAGUGGCGGCAUGCGGGCCAGGCGUGUAUUGCGGCGAACAGGGUGUACGUGCAAAAGGGCGUGUUUGACAAGUUCCAGGACAUGCUGGUGGAGGCUACGAGGAAGCUGAAGAUUGGACAUGGUGCGGAGAAGGGGACCACGCUUGGCCCGGUCACGACACCGAGAGGUAUUGAGAAGGUGCAGAAGCAGAUUGAGGACGCAAAGCAGCAUGGGGCCAAGGUUUUGACUGGCGGAAAGAAAGCGGAGGGGCUGAGCGGUUAUUUCUUUGAGCCUACUAUCAUCUCGGGGAUGAAGCCGGAGAUGUUGGUUUCGAGGGAGGAGACCUUCGCGCCGCUCUGUGCUCUAUACAGCUUUGAUACGGAGGAUGAAGCCGUCAAGGCUGCGAAUGACACAAGUAUGGGCCUGGCGUCGUAUUUCUUUACGAAGAACGUUGAUCGAACAUGGAGACUGCUAGAAAACCUGGAAGCAGGCAUGAUAGGCAUGAACACAGGCAACGCUUCAGCUGCAGAGUCUCCUUUCGGCGGCAUCAAAGAGUCCGGCUACGGAAAGGAGUCAGGAAAGGAUGUGGCUGUGCAGGAAUACCUUGUCACGAAGACGGGGACUCUGACGCUCGAAGACCAUUACUAG